CAACAGAAACUGCACUUGUGAAACUGUUCUCAUCUCCAGUGGGAAUGGGUCUGCCUGUGGACUCACCUGCACACGUAGGACCAGCUGACAACCAUGGAAACUGACAGGGUGGACUGGAGUUUAGCCGUCAGCUGUAAACCUUCACGUCCAACCAGACCCAUAUGUUUGGAGUUUGACACCUGAGCAGACGCACAGAGCCCGCCAGCAUGACAAGCAACAGCACGAACGCUACCCUGUGCCAACCAAACGACAACAUCUGUAUUGUUCGCGAGUACCAGCUGGAAGUCAUAGUUGUCCCUUCGCUGCUCCUCGGGCUCAGCCUCAUCUUCCUACUGAUCAUUUGUUCUCUGUUGUAUUGCUGCAAAGAAGAGAGGACACGAGCACCCCCCCGCUACCACGCCUCCAAAAACAGACACACGCAGGCACAACACAACACGCACAGACACCACAACAAACACCCUCAACAUCACAACACACAUCACCACAACGCACACCCCCACCACCAAAACACACACCCCCGCCACCACAUCACACAUGCACACCACCAGAACACACAUGCGCACCACCAGAACGCACAGGCACACCAUCACAACACAAGAAAACACAACAGGCACCACCUUCGAGGGAUCGAUGCACCACCCGGGAUUAACCCGCUGGAACACGAAGAGCUGCCAAUGACGGUUCAAACCAGGCGGCCAGCCGAGGCCGCAGCGCCGCAGACGUCCACAGAGAGGCCCCUGGGGGGCUUCAGUCAGGUCGUUGCUCUGCCAUUGUCUUUCUCCAUCAAACCCAACAGCACAGUGAACCUCUACAGAGCCCGCAUGAACAACAGGGACGUCAUCCUGCGGGUGCACAAAGAAACAGCAAGCAGCAGUGAGAAGCAGCACUUCUUGGACUUUGCUUCCUUCCUGAGCAGACUGGGCCCUCACCCCUCCAUCCCCGCAGUGCUCGGAGUGGUUUCGGUGCAGCCACCUUUAGCUCUGGUGGUGGAGGAGCUGAAGCACAGAGACCUGCUGGGCUUCCUCUGGGAAUGCAGACAGGAUAAUUCAAGUUAUGAUAUGACAGAGAAGAGGAUUUUCACCAUGGCAGGACAAGUGGCCUCUGCUCUGGAUUACCUGCACAGUCAGAGCUGUAUCCAUGGCAACGUGGCGGCGCGCAGCGUUCUGGUCGGUGCCGACCUGACAGCCAAGCUGUGGGGACUGGGCUCGGCGUUUCGCAGAUCUCAGUCCGGUUCGAGGGGAGCAGUGGAGGAGCUGAAGAAAUGGCAGGCACCUGAAGUUCUGGCCGGGAGAUCCGUUAGUCAGAGCAGCGACAUAUGGUCCUUUGGCAUCGUGAUCUAUGAAAUGGUCACACUGGGUGACCCACCUUUUGCCAACAUCACGAUGACCGAACUUCUGCAGCACCUCCAGAGAGGAAAACACCUGAAACGGCCACCGGCCUGCUCCGAGUCUCUGUACUCCAUCAUCAAGUCCUGCUGCCACUGGACCCCCCAGCGGCGCGCCCCCCUGACAGAACUGAUCCGAACACUUCAGGCAGGAGAGCAAUCAGCCAAUGGGAGCGCAGCUCUGAGAGUACCAGAACCACUCAACUUGGAGAGAUACAUGAGAGAGGCAGGGAUUAGACAGGCGCAUAACUAUGCUGUGCUCUGAUUGGCUGGGAGAGCCAUCAAUCAAGACUGCUGCUACACCACUAAACUGCACAGAGCUGC